GCCGGCAAGGUGACAAGCAAGUUAAAGCUGCCUGAAAAUGGCCAGGCGAUGUCUCGUCACGUCGGACCCCGCGUCGGCGUCGCCACCUCCGGCGGUCGGCGCUGACGACGCGGCUACACAGGCGCCGCAGUCGCGGCUGGACCUGCACCGCGGGCUCGGCAUGAAGGUGGCCGUCGCCGGCAACGUCGUGGCGGCGGUGCUCAUCUUCGCCGUCAUCAUCUGGCGGCUCUUCUUCUUUGGGGGAGGGAAUGACGGAGGAGGGGGCGCCGCCGCCGCGGGGGCGGCCGACGACGCGGACGGCGCGUCCUCCUCCGGCGAGAGCUCGCCGUGCGCGUCGCCCCAGGCGGGCUGCGGCCUGAGGGAAGAAGACCUCAUGGCGCUGCCGGUGUACGUACACGGCGCGUCGGCGGAAGACGGCGCCGGCGCCGCCGCCGCCUGCGCCCGCAAGGCGGCGGAGUGCGCGGUGUGCAUAGGCGAGCUCAGGGACGGCGACGCCUGCCGUCUCCUGCCCAGGUGCGGGCACCGCUUCCACGCCGAGUGCGUCGACAGGUGGUUCCGGUCGCACGCCACCUGCCCGCUCUGCCGCGCCGCCGUUGCUGACGGCGACGACUCCGGCGAGGCUGACCCCAAGGUAGUGCUUGACGCGUAGUGGGUGAGAUUGUGAGAAUGCGAGAGGAACACAUGCAGCACAGCCACAGUGUGUUCGAGUACUGCAUCCACGUAUAUACCUUGUUGGAUUAAUUCGUCUCUUUUCAUAUCUUGAUCAUUUGAUGUGAUGAAAAAUCUGUACAAUUUGGUUCAUUUGGUACUUACUCAUAUGAGUUUUACGCUCAUCCUUUCUUUGGUACCACGAUUCUUUAGUAUCGCGAAGUACCAAUAUCUCGAGAUACUGAUAUCUCCACUCGUGCUAUACACCCCACGAUCAAGAUGGUAUCUCGAGGUACUAUGUAAUUGUGACCGUUCAAUCUAUCAUCAUCAACAGUUAGGAUUUUAGUAUCAACUUGAUCGUGAGGUGGAUAGCACGAGUGAUGAUUUUAGUACCUCACGGUACAAAAGGAAGAAUGAGGGUAAAGCUGUGUUCAUGUACCUGAAUGAAAAAGGAUUUUGUAGUUUGGAGAUCCAGUGAAAGUGGUAUGCUGGACUAAACUUGAACAAUG